GUUUCGACUUUGAAACUCUGAAAACGUUCCAGUUCCAAGUUGUUGCCUCCGAUUCUGGAACUCCGUCACUGAGCAGCAACGUCACAGUGAACGUGUUCAUUCUGGAUCAGAACGACAACGCUCCAGUCAUCCUGUAUCCAGUCAGCUCUAACGGUUCUGCUGAAGGUGUGGAGGAGAUUCCCCGCAAUGUGAACGCAGGACACUUGGUGACUAAAGUCAGAGCCUAUGACGCUGAUAUAGGAUAUAACGGCUGGUUACUCUUUUCACUGCAGCAAGUCACUGACCACAGUCUCUUGGUUUGGACCGCUAUACAGGACAGAUCAGAACACUUCGCUCCUUCACAGAGACAGACGAGGCUGAGCACAAACUGCUCAUACUGGUCAAAGACAAUGGGAACGUGUCGCUCUCAGCAACAGCUACUGUGGUGGUCAAACUUGUGGAGCCCAAAGAGGCUUUUGCAGCUUCUGAUGUUAAAAGUUCAGUCAAAGAUGAGGAGGGGACCGACGUGA